CUAAAUUAAUCUAUGUAGAAAUUUUAUGAUUAUAUGCGAAUGGACAGUACAAUAAAUUAAAUUUGAAAUAGAACUUGUGAACAAAGCUUAACAUCACUUUGCGCAUGCGCAGUAACUGACGUUUCUCGUCCAGUCCCCGGUCCCUGUUGUUCUCGCAAGAAAAGCGAAUCGUUUUUGCAAUAACUCACAAGAUUGUUCUAAUUAUGUGUGCAUGUGCAAUGAAAACGGCGAUGAACUCUUGAAAGAAAAACUGGUUAUUCGCGAAUAAGUGAUUCUAGUCCGCCUGAACCAAGUGUCAUAACAGGCGCGUCAUGUGUCGCCUCGAAAUCUUUGUUUAUACUCGGUAAAGACAUCAAAGAAAUGUUAGAACUGUACGGCCCGAGACAAGCAUCAAAGUCAAAAAUCUCAUUAUUCGAUUAACUGUACACUGUAACAAAUGAGUGACAAAAGAACUUUCAACAAGAGAAUUCUUGUGACUUAACCUAUUUUAUACGCGACAUAGUGGGAAAUGAAAACAAAUCGCAAUAAUAUCAAAGGACCUACUACGCUGCAAUUCGUUAUCUCGUUAUCAAACAUUCAAGACUGACGACCUCAUUAACGUAGAGUAGAGGCGAUGGUAUCGAAGAAGAAGAGACAGAAAUGAAAUCAGUGCGGCGGAUGAAAGAAAGCAAGAAAUUUCGAGAAUUGCACAUUGUAACAUUAUAUCUAUGAGGCUGAUUUCACAAUUCCAGUGCGAGCGAUAAUUUAAGUCUUACAUAAAAGCUCUCCCAUCGCUUUCGCUUAUCGGCGGAAAUUCUCGUAGAAUUUAUAAAAAAAAAAUUGUGAUAUAGUAUACGAUAUUAUUUUUAAAACUUACGCACAUCAGCUCUUCCAUUCGAUCAAUCUCGGAUACAAACCGCAACUGGCAAAAAAGAAUAAAGCCGACCCGGUGUGAAGACAGCUUAAAAACUCUAUAAGUCGUGUGGCCCGUGUGGGCGACGGUCACCAUAUAUACACACGCAUAUAUCUCUUUCUCUCCCUCUCUCGGAGAGCAGAGCUCGCACAGCAUCAUCAGCUGCUGCGUUGCGCGGCGGCGAGUCGCAGUCAGAGCCGCGUGUCCGUCGAGAUUACGCCGCGUCGCGUUACAAGCUCCCCUUUUUUGUGAUUUACCUCGAAGAGUGAGAUGUUUUUCCUCGCGAUGAAGAGGUGGACGUGUGUCCUGCUCGCAGUACUGGCUUGCGUCGCGGCUGAGGAGACGGACGACGCGCUGGUCUUCACGGUCGCGACGAACGAGACCGAGGGCUUCCGGCGUUACUUGCGCUCGACCGAGGUCAACGGCUUCGGCGACAAUGUCCGUGUCCUGGGCCUAGGACAAGCCUGGCGAGGCGGCGAAAUCAAGCUCUACGCCGGAGGUGGACAGAAGGUCAACUUGCUCAAGGAGGCCAUCGAGGAGAUCAAAGACGACCCGGACCAGAUCGUUCUUUUUACCGAUAGUUACGACGUGAUAUUCCUCAGCUCUCUGGAAAAGAUAAGCCGGAAGUUCAAGGAAUGGGACGACGCUCGGGUGAUCUUCUCGGCAGAGGAGUACUGCUGGCCUCUGAAAUCCUUGGCCUCGGAGUAUCCACAGGUGAAACGUGGCAAGCGGUUCUUAAACUCCGGAGGAUUCAUAGGCUACGCUCCCGAUAUCUACGCUAUUUUAACCAGCGCUGAGAUCAAGGACGACGACGACGAUCAGCUCUUCUACACCAAGGUGUAUCUGAACUCCGAGCUCAGAGAGAAGCACAAGAUCAAGUUGGAUCACAAGUCCGAGAUCUUCCAGAAUCUCAACGGAGCAAUUCAUGAUAUCGAGCUCCGUUUCAAGGGCAACGAGGCCUACGUUCAGAAUACGGCCUACAAUACAGUUCCUCUGAUUAUCCAUGGUAACGGAUUUAGCAAAUUGCUGCUGAAUUCUCUGGGCAACUACGUGGCUCAGGCCUGGAGCCCCGAAGAGGGCUGUCUCAGCUGCUGGGAUCGAACCAUCGAGCUCGACGUGAAAAAUGCCGAGGCCUAUCCGAAAAUUCUCAUAGCCAUCUUCAUCGAAAAACCUACUCCGUUCCUCGAAGAGUUCUUGAACAAGAUCAAGGAUCAGCGAUACCCCAAGGAGAAGCUGCAUUUCUUUAUUCGCAAUAAUGUACCUUAUCACGAAAAAUUGAUCGACGAGUUCGUGGAAAAGCACGGAGACGAGUACCAAAGCGUGAAGCAGAUCAAACCGGAGGAUGAAAUCGCCGAGGCUGCUGCUCGUAAUUUAGCUAUGAAUCACUGUCUCUCUGUGAAAUGUUCGGGUUACUUUUCCAUCGAUUCCGAGUCCCACUUGGAUAACGUAAAUACCUUGGAACUGUUGGUGGAGCAACAGCGUGGCAUUGUAGCGCCACUGCUAGUUAGGCCGUUCAAAGCUUGGAGUAACUUCUGGGGUGCUAUUACGGACGACGGAUUUUAUGCCAGGAGCUCUGAUUACAUGGAUAUCAUUCACCACGAACGAAGGGGUCUCUGGAACGUGCCGUUCGUCAGCAGCUGUUACCUGAUCAACGCGACUCUCCUGGAGAACGAAGCCACCCGCCCAUCCUACGCCGAGGCGGACCUCGACGCGGAAAUGGCGUUCGCCUACGCGAAUCGUCGACGCGACAUCUUCAUGUACGUGAACAACCGGCUGGACUUUGGUCACCUCGUCAACCCAGAGACCUUCAACAUCUCGCUGACCAACCCGGACAUGUAUCAGAUGUUCGACAACAAACUCGACUGGGAGAAGCGAUACAUCCACGUCAACUACUCGGACAAUUUCCUUCCGGAGAACAAGCCCGUUCAGCCGUGUCCGGAUGUCUACUGGUUCCCGAUCGUCACGGAGAGGUUCAACAAGGAUUUCGUGGAGAUCAUGGAGGCCUACGGGAAGUGGUCUGAUGGUUCUAACUACGAUCCAAGGCUGUCGAAUGGCUAUGAGAACGUACCGACCCGGGACAUACAUAUGAACCAGGUCGGCCUCGAGUCCCAAUGGCUCUUCUUCCUGCGCAACUACGUGAAACCCCUGCAGGAGCUCGUCUUCCUCGGCUACUUCCACGACCCGCCCCGAUCCCUGAUGAACUUCGUGGUGCGCUACCGCCCGGAUGAGCAGCCGAGUCUUAAGCCUCACCACGACAGCUCGACCUACACGAUCAACAUUGCCCUGAACAAAGUUGGCGUCGACUACGAGGGUGGAGGCUGCCGAUUUAUCCGUUACAACUGCUCCGUAACUGACACUAAGCCCGGCUGGAUGCUCAUGCAUCCCGGAAGACUGACCCACUAUCACGAAGGAUUAAAGGUCACGAAGGGCACGAGAUACAUCAUGAUUUCCUUCGUCGAUCCCUGAGCUGACAGACUAGUUGAAGGUGCUUUUGAAAGACUAAUCUAAGGAUUAUGUUUUUGAGAUUUUUGAGAAAUUUUAGUGGUCGUUUCGAUUCUUAUAAGUACGUAUAUCUAAAUUAGUUAAAAUUUCGUUGAUGUGAUGCGUUUUCUCGUUUGAUUGUUCGGUGAAAUGUUUUUUUUUUAUAAGUUUGAAAAUGUAUGUUAAAAUAUCGUUUAUAGACGUGUAAAAGACUAAUAAAAAUUGUAUGUAUUUUCUUCGAGAUGACCACAAUGAGAUUUAAAAAGAACUGAAAAGGAGCAUUGCUUUAAAAUGACCAAAGUGUGAAAGAUGAUGCUUCAAGAACGCACAAUGCUUUUUUUGUACUACUAUGUUUUAUCUUUUGCUGAAGUAUAACAUUACUUUAUUUUUAUAAGUAUGACUGCAUUUACCAUGACUAUAAAGUGUUCAGCGAACGCAAAGUAUGAUAAUAAAAUGUAAGCGUCGAUAUUUGUAAAUAUUGUCCAUAAAAGAACAAAAACUUGACUAAUAAAGAGAGUUGUUAUAUAGAAAAUAAAGUAAUGCAAGUCUGUUUAUUAUAAAUAUUUAUCUUAUAUUUUCGCAGAUCGUUUAAAAUUACAAUUUGUUUUUUUUCCAAUCUAUAGAUACACAAGCUGCAAUUAAUCGCAGAAAGAAAAUGUUCUUUAUCAAGUUCCUUGAUAUAGUUGUAAAAACAAAAUCUCGAUUACACUCGUCGUACUAUUUCUGUACCCUUCGAGCCCAGAAAUUUAUGCGACAAUUAGGAACAUCCACAAAGAAGAUACUCAUUUAAUUAUAACUCAUAUUUACCAGUUAUUUAAACUGCAAAAGAAGUUUGCGAGUUUUCCUGCUAAUCGUACAUACAUAUGUAUAUCGUUUUUCUUCUUCUAAAAUGUAUUUACAAUAUAGUAGAAAAGUGAUGCUUGGAGAGUGAAAAAUCGAAUUGAACACUGACCCUUUAAGCGUUUAUAAUUCUUUUAACCAACUUGCAAUAUCGUUUCUUUCACGUAAAAUGUUUACUCUUUCACGUUGUCUUUAAAUUUAAAUCAUAUUCUAGAAAAUCUUGUUAUUUAUAGAAUUACCGUCCUAUGAUGUUCUGAUCACGUUAAAGCAACUAAAGUUUUUUUUUAUUUUUAGCACAGCAUUUUAUUGUUACAAAAAAUAUCUUUUUUCUCGUUUUUUUCUGGAAUGUCUAUGAGCGCGUGCAAAAUAAUCAUGUUUAAUAUUCAUCGACGUAUUAUCUAGUAAGAAGUCGGUAAGCAGGAUAACUAUGUGUAGAAACGUGACGUGCGUGUGUAUUUUAACAAUUGUUCUUUAUCGAUGGCACCGUAGUAGAGAUUAGAAAAAAGUGA